AUGCCAUAUAACUUUCCCAAGCUUAAACAACUUCAUUUGGCACAAAACAACUUCAAUGGUACAAUUCCUGAAGAUAUUGGCUUCAUAUCUGGUCUGCAACGGGUUGACCUGUUUAACAAUUCCCUUGAAAGCAAAAUCCCAUCCUCUGUAGGCCAACUCAGGGAGCUUCAGCACCUUGACCUUGGUGAGAAUUCCUUGAACUCUUCAAUCCCUUCUGACCUUGGUCUUUGUACAAACCUCUCUUAUUUGGCCUUGGCUGUGAAUAAACUCAGUGGGGAACUGCCUCUAUCCUUGUCCAAUCUCAAAAGCUUGGUGGAGUUGGGAUUAUCUGGUAAUGUAUUUACUGGGCUAAUCUUGCCUUCUCUGGUCUCCAAUUGGACUGAAAUGAUCUCUUUGCAACUCCAAAACAAUAGACUCAGUGGGAACCUUCCAGCAGAACUUGGCCUGUCGAAAAGACUUCAUAUCCUCAAUCUGCACAGCAAUAACUUCUCUGGAUCAAUUCCCUCAGACAUAGGAAACUUGCAAGUUUUGACAAAAUUGGAUCUCUCUAGCAACAAACUUGAUGGGGAAUUGCCAAACACCAUUUCUCUCCUCACUACCCUCCAAUUCUUUUCUGUGUCCAGUAAUAAUUUAACGGGAACCAUUCCCAGUGAUUUUGGCAGACACAUUCCUAACUUGACUACUGUUAGACUUCCAAGGAACAAAUUCUCUGGAGAAUUACAGCAAGAACUGUGUAGUGGAUUUGCUCUGGAAACUUUUGUAGUGAAUCAUAACAAUUUCACAGGAACAUUGCCUGAGUGGUUGAGAAAUUGUUCAGCUUUGUCUAGGGUCCGGCUUGAUGAAAACCAAUUCACCGGAAACAUUACCAAUGCAUUUGGUGUCCAUCCCAGUCUUGAAUUAAUUUAUCGUAGGCAGAACAAAUUUUUUGGUGAACUCUCACCACGAUGGGGAGAAUGCAAAAACAUCACGGAUAUGCAAAUGGACGGAAAUAGAAUUUCUGUUCAAAUCCCACCUGAGCUUGGGCAGUUAAGACAAUUGCAGAAGCUAAACCUAGGCUCCAAUGAAUUCAGUGGGGAAUUUCCAGUUGCCAUUGGGAAUCUAAGCUUGUUGUUCAAUCUCAGUCUCAGCAGGAACUACUUGACAGGAGCUAUUUCUCGGUUUCUUGGCAAAUUGACAAGGCUUGAGUAUCUUGAUUUGUCUGAUAAUAAUUUUACAGGGGUAUUACCAGUCGAACCUAGAACGUUUGAGAGGUUAACAAGCUUGAACAUAAGCCACAACAAAUUAUCAGGUGGAAUACCAGAGGAGAUUGGUAAUCUACACCUGCAGUACUUGUUGGACCUAAGCAGCAAUACAUUCUCGGGAUCACUACCAUUAAACCUUGCCAAGCUUAUAAUGCUGGAGAUUCUUAAUGUCUCGCAUAACCAACUCUCCGGGAAUAUCCCAUCAACAUUUUCCAGAAUGGUUAGUCUUGUCGACAUUGAUUUUUCUUACAACAGCUUGACAGGUCCAAUCCCAACAGGCGGCAUUUUCCAAAAGAAACUUCCGGAUAAUGCUUUUGUUGGAAAUGGUGGUUUGUGUGGAGAAACAGAGGGACUAACUCCAUGCACUUCAGAUCCCAAAAAGUCCAAUAAGAAAAUUCUUCUUGGUGUCCUUGUUCCCAUUUGUGGUCUAUUAAUGAUUGUGACCAUAAUUUCUGUGACCCUUAAUUUCUGCAAGAGAUCAAAGCUAGGGGAAAGCGAUCAUCCUGAGCUGGCUGAAAGUUUUGAUUCAACAAUAAAGAGAAGAGAAGAAAAAUUUACAUUUUCUGAAAUCAUCACCGCCACUGAGAACUUUGAUGAAAAGUACCUCAUUGGAAGAGGAGGAUUUGGUAGUGUCUACAUGGCUGUGUUGGGCAGAGGCAAAGUCGUGGCAGUUAAGAUGAUGAAUAUGUCAGUAGAUUCUAGUGACAACAUUCUAGAAUUGAUUCGCCAGAGUUUCGCGAAUGAGAUAAGAUCUUUGACAGAAGUGAGGCACAGAAAUGUAAUAAAACUUUAUGGGUCCUGUUCCUGGAUGGGGUGCUCGUACUUGGCGUAUGAAUAUGCAGAGAGAGGUAGUUUGAAAAGGGUAUUGUAUGGGGUGGAGGGUGAAUCAGAGAUACUUGGCUGGGACACCCGGGUGAAAAUUGUGCAAGAUGUAGCACAUGCAAUUUCUCACUUGCACAAUGACUGCUCCGAGCUCAUUGUUCACCGGGACAUAACUCUGAACAACAUAUUACUACAGCGGGAUUUCGUGCCAUGGCUAUCAGACUUUGGCACAGCAAGACUGUUGAUCUCGGAUUCCUCAAACUGGACUGCUGUAGCGGUGUCUUAUGGCUACAUGGCUCCAGAGCUCGCAUUCACAAUGCGAGUGAGAGAUAAGUGUGAUGUAUACAGCUUUGGGGUGGUGGCAUUAGAAAUCAUGAUGGGAAGUCAUCCAGGGGAACUACUGGCUUCUCAAUCAGAAAACAGAGGAUUUCUUUUGAAGGAUUUGCUAGACCAACGACUAGGGUCUCCAUCAAGUGGGUUAGCAGAGGGAGUGGUUUCCAUUGUAAAAUUGGCCUUGGCCUGCACCAGCACUGAUCCAGGUUCACGGCCCACAAUGCAGUUUGUGGCAAAAGAAUUCUCAUCAGUCAGGAUCCAGAAUUGCCUCUCCGAGCCGUUAGACAUGAUAACUAUUAACAAGUUGGCAGGUUUUGAAACUAGAAGUGACUGAUAUAAAAUGGAAUCUUAACAACUAAAUCCUACUUCA